UUCCAUUUUGUCGGAAUCUUAUAUUCACCGAGUUCUCGUAGCUCUGUUGGUAGUAUGUAGCAAGGAAAUCACGUAGGUGGUGAACUCUUCUCCUGUUAAAAUCUUCGUUCUUUCUUAGCUCUCUCCGUUAAGGUUUUGAAAAAGUUUUUUCAUCACUGCGGUGAAUUUUGCAGCAACGAAUACUGCAUCUAUAUGGCUUUUCCCCUCUAAACAAUACAAUGCCGGUUCAUUUCAUCUGGUGAAUAUGUAAUUUCAACUUUCUGUGUACCUUGGAGUUCAAGUUUGUAUCGGGCGCUUUUCAUACAAUAAAAAACUCCGAACCUUAAAAGUUUUGAAAAAGGGUAAGAUGGUAUGGAAUCCGUGAAUUGCUGAAUUUUCGAAAAUUUAGAUAUACCACGCGAAGUUGUCUUUUUUUCCGCAAAUUUCGGAAAAUGCUGUUCCAUACGACACAGGAAAUUUCCGGCCAAACUCAAACUGGAGUUUUUGGUUGAAUGAAAAGCGCCCAUCGUUAUCGUAUGUUUAGAAGACUUAGAAACCUUUAGCGCUGAUAUGACGUAAAAUUUCCUCCAAUAUUAAGACCACGUCCCCGGCCAACCAAGCUCAUAUUAACACUGAUCCAAUGUUUACAGUCUUCAUGCCGCUAGGACCCUAGCAUGCCUGCAAAGUUAAUAGAGAACUGGGUUGAUAUGUGAUUUUGGAACACGCUUAUGUGCUAACUCGAAUCACGCGCCAACUCGAAUCACGUACUAAACUCGAAACGCGCGCUAACUCGAAGUAAAAUGGAUUCUCUCUGGAUUUUCUUCUUACACUUACUGUAAUUUACCCACAUGGUGACUGGAACUGAACCUCUCGCUAAUUAUUCAAAGGUCGGUUUCUUUAUAAUUUUACCCUCGAUAGCUCGAAUCUCAUUUGUCUAAUAGAGUCUAAUGGGUUAAAGAACUUCAGAAUCAUUGACAGACACAGAUUUGCAGUAAAGAGUCCCGCAAUAGUAUUUGACUAUUUCUUCAGAUCUAUUAACACUUGCUGUGAAAUACACACCGUUUUGUUCUCUAAUUUCCGGUCAUUUGUUUCCAUCUCCCGAUAACUCGAGCCUUUCUUGAUGAGCAAACUGUUAAUUCACGUUAUCCCGCAUUGUCCCUGGCGUUGACUACAUCUCAGGCACUUUAGAUCCGGCACCUGUAAAUUAUAGGACACAAUAGCUAAGGGAAAGACAUGGAGGGUGGGGAACGGGAUGCAACUGCAGAGACAUAAUUUUUAAAACAUGCAUCAAAACUUUCCGGCGUCUUUUAGGUCCGAUACAGUGUAAAUUCAAAGGAAGUUAUUCAACGAUGAAGGUCACCAGUGUAAGCUUCAUAAUAGGGUUUGACCAUAUAGAGCCCAUGCUUACAUACUAGGUAUGAGAAUACGCUGAGAAUAACGAGCAUAGUGGAUCACAAUACUGAGGUAUAGUAAAGGAAUCAGUCCAGUAGUACAGUACAGAAAAUUCGUUCGUGACUGAACUUUCAGGCAAAUUCUCGGCUUAAUUUGGGCGAUUUCGGAGGGAUUUGGAAUGUUUAUGGAGCUCUUGCGGUUCAAAAAGAGGACAUUCAUCUGAUCGUCUGUUUUGGGACUUGACGAUAACUACACAUCAUGUUUGUUUUGUUUUGUAAAUCUCCCCAAAAAUGUUUUUUUUCCUCCUUUAAAACCUUAAAUUGGUGCUCUUCAGAUGGACUUCAGAGAACAAAGAAAUGCUUUUCUCCAAUUUUUUAAAUAUUGAGCAUAAGCAUAAUGAUGAAAAAGUCGAAAAAUGCGAGCAAAAUAAAUAAGAGCCCUGGCUAAACGAUAAUCCUCUAACACAAAGGCGGGGCGGGAAAUAAAAAAUCGAGUUUAAGGCCAUAAAUAAAUAUGCGGUUUGCACUCGUUCCACUGACCUAGCUCUAUCCCUGUCACUUAUGUUGACUUCAAGUUUUGAACGUCAAGUCUUACACAUACAGUACAAACACACAAGUGUAAAAUAACAAAUCAUAUGUUGUUUAAAAAAAGUUGUGUUAACAAGGCGAGAUUCAAAACUGACCUCCCGUAAGAUCGGGUAUUUGUUUACACGGGUAAUGUUUCACUGUAGAUAACGUUGGUAAUUGCGAUCUUUCUCUGUCCUUUGUUGCUGAUAAGUUUACAAAACGCGUAGUUAUGAAAGAUACCUUGAUAAUCUGUCUUAAUUUGCCCUCUAUGGCAUCUAAUCAGUGGCGUCAUGGGCUGGUUCUUUCUGUCAUAAUACACUUGUUGUUUGCUUCACGUGAGUGAAAGGAAAUUUCACCGUCUCUCGGAAGCAGAGUUUUUUGUGAACUUUAGCUAGGAAUUUAGGAAAAGCACAUCUUUAUGCAGAGUGGAGCACUCUUAUAUCUAAGAUAAGGAUCUCGCGGUGUUCGCCUUUGAAAAAUGCAUAUCUGUCUUCUACGUACUUUUGUCUCUUGAUCGUGUUCUAAAGGCAGUUUUUUAAAAAAUUAUCCAUUUGAUUUUUAGGGUUGGACCGCUAACACAAGUUAUUUGAGUGCCGCACAUUUCUUUUUUUUUUUUUGGUUUGAGAAUUAAUUUUACACUCUCGUCUAGACAAUCAAAAAGUCCAAAAUUUUGUUAACUAAUUCUCUUAUUCUCAUCACUUAUCUCUACGACAACGUCUUGAUAUUGAAAAGAGAGAUUAGAUUCCGAUCACUGUUGGGAUAUGCUGGAGUUUAACACGCUCUGACUUUUACUGACGACCAACAACUGUUCGUGAAGGUUUAAACUUUCACAAAUCUUCAAGCUAUUGAUAUACCAAAGGAUUAAUAGAGCUGUUCGCAUGUAAUUGUCCGGGGCAAGCGCCGACAGCACUAAAGUAUCAGAUAACGCACGCCUUUAUAUUACGUCUAGCGUGCCCUUUCUUUGUCCUGCCAACUUAAACCGCAUAGUCGUAAGGAUUAAUUUGCUCCAGCAAUUCGCCAGGCAUGUGUUCUGAAAGUCCAUCAUGAAAAAUGAGGAUCGAUAUACGGAAACGUGGAUUUGCCAGCUUUUUCGUUCCUCUGACCAUAUCAAGCUGUGUUUGGCUUUGGGGUCUCCUCGAUGCUACUGCGUCCGUGGGACGGGCUCGGUCACCGCGUCUUGAACGCUCUAAACGGGCCGCCGACAGCAGUCUCACGGACAUCGAUUUGCUUGGAACGAUAGGAGAGCCACUUCCGCUUGGAGUGUCGCUCACCAAGGGACCCCACACAAAACCUGCCUUUAACUUCCGGUCCAUAGCGAAUGUGGGACGAUUUGCACGCUACAUUUUUCCCAAGCAAUUCUUCACAGAAUUCUCCGUCACUGUAGCAUUUCGCCCAAAGCGCGCUGAUCACGGAGUACUUUUCGCUAUUUUGCCUAAUUAUCGCGCCGGAGGUGUCAUUUUGGGGCUCGAGAUUCGAAGUGGGUCUUUCACAAGAGACACCACCAUCAGCUUGAUCCAUGCAAACAAUGCAAGGACGAAAACUGUUUUUGAAUUCACUGUGCCGGACAUAACCGGCAAAUGGACGUGGCUGGCGUUCAGUAUUAAAAAAGAUGGCGUCACAUUUUACCACGAUUGUAAGGAAAUUGAAACAAAAUUUGGGCCCUCGUCCCUUGACGUCCUCAGUCUUCCAUCGUACAGUGCUCUGUAUAUUGGACGGGCAGGUUGGACCGCUGGGGCUCAUUUGAGUACUUUUGAGGGCGACAUAGCAGAACUGGCCAUGCACAGGGAUCCCAGCAAGGCUCAACGUCAGGAGUGUAAGAAAUUAAUUCCAACAACAAGGCCUUCGCAGCAUAAAGCGGCUCUGAGAUCAAAUACAAGCUAUUUUUCACAAUUCGAGUCUUCAGACAAGUUGAACAAAGAUGCAGCUCUAACUACAACAAGCCACUCCAUUUCAACCAAAGUGCAAGAACCCACCAAAUUUUCUAGAGAAGCCGAGACCACGCUAAGCCGCAGUUCAGAGCCUCCCACUCAGGAUACGUCCUCAACAAGUGAAGUAGUAACAGCAGAAACGUCUCAAAAGCCUGAUACCACGCAAAACAGUAGUUCAGAGCCACCAACGAAGGACACGUCCACAGCAAGUGCAGCAAUUACGACAGCAAUCUUUGAAGAAGGUAAUAUCACAACAGGCAGUAGUACAGAGACUCCAACUGAAGUCACGCCAAGCAGCGAUACAGCGCCACCAACUGAGGACACGUCCACAACAAGUGCAACAGUUACAACGGCAAUCUCUGAAGCUGAUACCACACUAAGCAUCAGCAGCGAGCCUCCAACUGAGGGCACGUCCACGACAACUGGUAUAGAUACAACAGUAAUCACCGAAGAAGCUGAUACCACGCCAAGCACCAGUACAGAGCCUCCAACUGAGGUCACCUCCACAGCAAGUACAAUAGUUACCACAGCAACCUCUGAAGAAGCUGAUACCACGCCGAGCAGUAGUGCAGAACCUCCAACUGAGGACACGUUGACAGCAAGUUCAACAGAAACAACAGUAAUCUCUGAAGAGGCUGAUACCACGACAAGCAUCAGCACCGAGCCUCCAACUAAGGACACGUACAGAACAACUGCCGUUGAUACCACAGCAGUCCCUGAACAAGCUGACACUACGCUAAGCAGCACUACCGAGCCUCCAACGGAAGACACAUCCACCGCAAGUGCAGUAGAUACAACAGAAACUUCUGAAGAAGCUGAUACCACGCCAAGCAGCAGUACCGAGCCUCCAACUGACGACACGUCCACUACAAGUGCAACAUAUACAACAGCAAUCUCUGAAGAAGCUGAUACCACGCCAACCAGCAGUACCGAGCCUCCAACUGAGGACACGUCCACAACAAGUGCAACAGAUACAACAGCAAUCUCUGAAGAAGCUGAUACCACGCCAACCAGCAGUACAGAGCCUCCAACUGAGGACAUGGCCACAAAAAGUGCAGUAGCUAAAACAGAAGCUGAUACCGCGCCAAGCAGCAGUACAGAGCCUCCAACUGAGGACACGUCCACAACAAGUGCAGUAGCUACAACGGCAAUCUCUGAAGAAGAUGAUACCACAGCAAGCAACAGUACAGAGCCUCCAACUGAGGACACGUCCACUGCAAGUGCAGUAGUUACACCAGCAAUCUCUGAAGAAGCUGAUACCACACCAAGCAGCAGCACAGAGCCUCCAACUGAUGAUACGGCCACAAUAAGUGCAGUAGCUACAACAGAAGCUGAUACCACGCCAAGCAGCAGUACAGAGCCUCCAACGGAGAACACGUCCACAACAAAUGCAGCAGGUACAAGAGCAAGCUCUGAAGAAGCUGACACCGCGUCAAACAGCAAUACUGAGCCUACAACUGAGGGCACAUCUACAACAAGUACAGCAGUAACUGCAGAAACCUCUGAAGAAGCUGAUACCACGCCAAGCAGCAGUACCGAGCCUCCAACUGAGGACACCUCCACAACAAGUGUAGGAGAGACAACAGCAAUUUCUAAAGAAGCUGAUACCACGCUAAGCAGCAGUACAGAGCCUCCAACUGAGGACACGUCCACAACAAGUGCAGCAGAGACAACAGCAAUCUCUGAAGAAGCUGAUACCAUGCCAAGCAGCAGUACAGAGCCUCCAACUGAGGACACCUCCCCAACAAGUACAGGAGAGACAACAGCAAGCUCUGAAGACGCUGACACCACACCAAGCAGCAGUACCGAACCUCCAACUGAGGACACUUCUACAACGCAUGUAGCAGUAACAACAGAAACAUCUGAAGAAGCUGAUACCACGCCAAGCAGCAGUACAGAGUUUUCAACGGAAGACACGUUCACAACAAGUGCUGCAGUUACAACAUCAACCUCUGAGGAAGCUGAUACCACAACAAGCCGCACUCCAGAGCCCAUAACCGACGACACGUUUACAACAAGUGCUGCAGUUACAAAAGGAACCUCUGAAGAAGCUGAUACCACGCCAAGCGGCAGUACAGAGUCUCCAACUGAGGACACCUCCACAACAGGUGCAGCAGUUACUACAGAAGCUGAUACCACGCCAAGCAGCAGUACAAACCCUCCAUCUGAGGACACGUCUACACCAAGAGCAACAGAUACCGCAUCAACCUCUGACCAAGCUGAUACCAUGCCGAGCAGUAGCACAGAGCCUCCAACUGGGGACACGUCCACAACAAGUGCAGCAGAGACAACAGCAAUGUCUGAAGAAGUUGAUACCACGUCAAGUGGCAGCACAGAGCCUCUAACUGAGGACGCGUCUGUAACAAGUGCAGAGGUUACAACAUCAAUCACAGAGGAAACCACCACCCUUAGCAGCGAUGCAGAGCCUCCAACUGAGUUUACGGUCGCAACAAGUGCAGCAUAUACAACAGCAAUAAAUGAAGAAGCUGGUACCACGCUAAGCAGCAGCACCAAGCCUCCAACUGAGAACACGUCUACAACCAGUGUACCAGUCACAACAGCAGUCUCCGAAGAAACUGAUACCACGCCAAGCAGCAAUACAGAGCUUCCUACUGACGACACGUCCACAACCAGUGUAGGAGAGACCACAGCAACCUAUGAAGAAGCUGAUGCUACGACUAGCAGCAGUACACAGCCUCCAACUGGGGACACGUCCACAACAAGUGCAGCAGAGACAACAGUAAUCUCUAAAGAAGCUGAUACCACGCCAAGCAGCAGCACAGAGCCUGCAACUGAGGACACGUCCAUAACAAGUGCAGCAGAGACAACAGUGAUCUCUGAAGAAGCUGAUACCACAUCAAGCAGCAGUACAGAGCCUCCAACUGAAGACACCUCCACAACAAGUGCAGCUGAGACAACAGCAAUCUCUGAAGAAGUCGAUACCACGCCAAGCAGCAGUUCGGAGCCUCCAACUGUGGACACGUCCACAACAAGUGCAGCAGAGACAACAGCAAUCUCUGAAGAAACUGAUACCACGCCAAGCAGCAGCACAGAGCCUCCAACUGUGGACACCUUCACAACAAGUGCAGCAGAGACAACAACAAUCUCUGCAGAAGCUGAUACCACGCCAAGCAGCAGUACAGAGUUUUCAACUGAGGACACAUCCAAAGCAAGUGCUCCAGUUACAACAGGAACCUCUGAAGAAGCUGAUACCACUGCUAGCAGCAGUACAGAGUUUCCAACUGAGGACACAUCCAAAGCAAGUGCUCCAGUUACAAAAGGAACCUCUGAAGAAGCUGAUACCACUCCAAGCAGUACGAAGCCACCAACUGAGAACACAUCCACAACAAGUAUUAUAGAUACAACAGUAAUCUCUCAAGAAGCAGAUAGCACGCCAAGCAGCAGUACCGCGCCUCCAACUGAAGACACGUCCACAACAAGUGCAGUAGAGACAACAGCAAUCUCUGAAGAAGCUGAUGCCACGCCAACCAGCGGUACAGAGCCUCCAACUGAGGACACGUCUGUAACAAGUGCAGAGGUUACAACAUCAAUCACAGAGGAAACAACCACCCUUAGCAGCGAUGCAGAGCCUCCAACUGAGCUUGCGUCCACAACAAGUGCAGUAGAGACAACAGCAAUCUCUGAAGAAGCUGAUACUACGACUAGCAGCAGUACAGGGACUCCAACUGAGGACACGUCCACAACAAGUGCAGCAGAGACAACAGUAAUCUCUGAAGAAGCUGAUACCACGCCAAGCAGCAGUACAGAUCCUCCAACUGUAGACACGUCCACAACAAGUGCAGCAGAGACAACAGCAAUCUUUGAAGAAGCUGAUGCCACUACUAGCAGCAGUACAGAGCCUCCUACUGAGGACACGUCCACAACAAGUGCGCCAGUUACAACAGCAAUCUCUGAAGAAGCUGAUACCACGCCAAGCAGCAGUACAGUGCUUCCAACUGUGGACACGUCCACUACAAGUGCAGCAGAGACAACAGCAAUCUCUGAAGAAGCUGAUGCCACACCAAGCAGUAGUACAGAAACUCCAACUGAGGACACGUCCACAACAACUGCAGCAGUAACAACAGAAACUUCUGAAGAAGCUGAUACCACGUCAACCAGCACACCAGAGCCUCCAACGGAGGACACGACUACAACAAGGGCAGCACUAUCAACAGAAACCUCCGAAGAAGCUUCUACGCCAAUGAGCUUUGUCCCAGAUACAAGAAAACCAACCGGGGACUCCCCUACGACAAGCCCCUCGACUAGUGCAAGUGCAUUUCCAAGCAGUAUUCCUCCUACAACAGCUAAGGUUGUUAUAUCCUCCACUACGAAAAGCUUAAGCACAGCGGACGAUGUCGACUUUACUACCAAACCAAAAACACUUGAAGGAUCAACUACUGUAGUAAACACACCGACAGAAACGACUAUUUCUACUAAAUAUUCUUCAGAUACUAGCACUUCCGCUAAAGUGAUUACUGAGGGUGUCACCGGAAGGCCUACUACAGGAAGUAAAGAAACGUCUCCCAAGCCAACUACGGAUAGAGCAGGACUUUCAAAGACUGCCUCUGCGAGUACAAUAACAAGUUCAGCUACUGUGGGUGGCCCGACUUCGCGUUCACCAACCAGCAAAAGCACAUCUACUGCUGCCAAGACUACAACUGCAUCUCCUGUUACAGUCGACGUAUUGGACCCUACCGACGAUACAGUCAUUGCCCGGAUAGAAGGGGAGUCACACAACUCCACAAAAGGUUCUCAGUCGUCAUCCCAGGCGUUGUGUAAGGACGCGCCGGUUUCGAAAUCAAACGGGACCUGCUUGCGAGGCCCUCGAGGGCCUCCGGGAUUGCCCGGACCAAAAGGCGAGAAGGGUGACGCUGUUGUUGGGCCGCCAGGUGAGAAGGGAAGGCCCGGAUUCUCAGGUCGUAAUGGAGCUAAAGGAGAAAAAGGCACUGAGGGGUUGAUGGGACCAAAAGGCCUCCGUGGACGACCGGGGCGGCCUGGACCUGCGAUAUUCUUUGAUUCCGGUGAAGAGGUUAUCACUAUCAAAGGAGCUAAGGUAUACCCUGUCAAACUUCCAAAAGGAGACAAAGGCGAACGGGGAUUAGAUGGUGUGGAAGGACCGAAGGGAGAACCUGGCGAGAAAGGUCAGCGAGGAAUAACUGGCCUUUCUGGACGGAGGGGCGAAAGAGGAUUGAUCGGACUUCCUGGUAACCCUGGAAAAACUGGACCGCCAGGAAUGGCGGGACUGCCAGGAGUGGGUAUACCUGGACCGCGAGGAUUACCUGGCGAAGAUGGCGCUCCCGGAAGACCUGGAGAAAAGGGAAGAAUGGGCGAACGUGGUAUUCAAGGAAUAAAGGGAAUGGAUGGAACGAUGGGAGAUACGGGAUCACGAGGACCGAGAGGGCCGAAGGGCGAAAAAGGGAACAGCGUUAUGGGACCUCCCGGCCCACCCGGCCCUCCAGGUACCAAGGGAGAAGCAUCAAUGAUGGACGUAGUCUACAAACCCUUAAAAGGUGACCAGGGGGAUCCGGGUCCUCCGGGGCCCCCAGGGAAGUCAGGCGGCGAAGUUGGUCCCAAGGGAGAUCCUGGAAAACCCGGGAGACCGGGUGAAAAGGGCGCGAGAGGCGUCGAUGGAGUAAAUGGGACCAAAGGCGAAAAGGGUGAUUCGGGAGGUGCUUCAGGAACGCCAGGGGAGAAAGGUGAAAAAGGCGACAGUGGAAGUAGUUGUAAUUGUAACGGAACAAAAGGAGACCCCGGCCCAAUGGGCCCUGCAGGACCUGUUGGGCCCCCCGGCCCUCCUGGUUUCCUUGGCAACAAUGAAACGAGCAGAGAGUCUGGAAUGAAAGGCGAACAAGGAAUAAAAGGAAAGCCUGGGGCUAAAGGAGAGAAGGGUAGCCCUGGGUCUGUAGGCUUUCCUGGGUUGAAAGGAAAACAAGGAUUACAGGGCGACCGAGGCGAUGGCGUUAAAGGUGAACCGGGUGAGCCUGGGGAGUCUGGCCCCCAAGGCCUUCCGGGACCUCCCGGUCCAAAUGUCCCGUCAAAAACUGAAAAGGGCGACCGAGGCGAUAGCGUUAAAGGUGAACCGGGUGAGCCUGGGGAGACUGGCCCCCAAGGCCUUCCGGGACCUCCCGGUCCAACCGUCCCGUCAAAAACUGAAAAGGGAGAAAAAGGAAACGAUGGCGCGAUGGGAUUACAAGGAGAACCUGGACCCAAGGUAAAAUCAAAUGAAUUAGAAAUCCCUAUAAACCCCUUUUAUCAGACUACAUUGCAGGUAUCCAUGUUGGGCGAGUGUAAGAUAUUUUUGUUCGCGAUUUUCUGUCAUCGUGGAGUCGUGGAACGUAGAGGUCCGGGACGAGGACCUCACCCCUAUUUCCUAGGUCUCGGUGAUGCUGGAAAAAAUGGAACCGAUGGACAAAAGGGCGAGCCAGGAGAAGGUAUCCCAGGACCACCCGGGCCCCCCGGACCGCCCGGCCCGAAGGGCAUAAUGGAGACUGAUGCUAUCGGAUCAUCAGCACAAAUAAGGGUGCAAAAAGGUGACAAGGGUGAUCCUGGUGAUAUUGGAUUUCCAGGAAAGAAAGGAGAACAGGGUGCCGCCGGAGAACCAGGCCUCAAAGGCGAAAAGGGAGACGAGGGGAGCACUGGGCCGAGUGGACAAGUAGGAUUUCCGGGGUUAAAAGGAAACCCCGGCGCUAAGGGAGAACCUGGAGUCAAUGGGACGGUUGGCCCUCAGGGCAUUAUGGGACCACCAGGAACUCGUGGAGAAAUCGGGCCGCAGGGACCAGUUGGAUUCCCCGGGCUUAAAGGUAGCUCGGGGCCUCCGGGUCCACCCGGACCUCCCGGUCCCCCGGGGUUCCCCGGAGUAAAGGGUGAUCCCGGAGAAGAAGCAGCCAUUGGAUCAAUAGAAGGUGUGAAUGGUAACGGAAGCGAUGCCAAAGGAGAGAAGGGUGACCAAGGAGAAAUCGGGGAACCAGGUUUAAAGAUCCUGGUGUCAUUUCAGGGAGAGCUGGGAGAAACUGGUGAAAAAGGAGCCAAAGGUGAGCCCGGGGUCCAAGGCCUAAGGGGCCCUGAAGGUCCCGAAGGUCCUCAGGGACCUCCCGGGGUAACCGGUGAGGCAGGAGUCUCUGGAAAUGAUGGGCCUGAGGGACAGAAAGGACAGAAGGGCGAGAUCGGAGAAACCGGACUGACGGGAGAGACCGGGGAACCUGGGAAAGAUGGAGUGAAUGGAACUAAAGGACGUAAGGGUGAACAAGGCGGCUUAGGCUUCCCUGGACUUAAAGGCGAACCAGGGAGGAAGGGAGAGCCUGGCGUGGUAGGACCGAAGGGCGAGCCGGGGAAAUCCAUUGAAGGACCCAUCGGACCGCAGGGGACGCAGGGAACUCCUGGAAAACCUGGGCCACCGGUGGGUAUUUUUAUUAAGAACAAAGAAAUACAGAAUUGUCAUAAUUUGUUGUAUCAUAAUUUGUACGUCAGUCACUUACCGGACUACCCGGGUCGCCCGGAACUCCUGGGUGAACAAGGCGGCUUAGGCUUCCCUGGACUUAAAGGCGAACCAGGGAGGAAGGGAGAGCCUGGCGUGGUAGGACCGAAGGGCGAGCCGGGGAAAUCCAUUGAAGGACCCAUCGGACCGCAGGGGACGCAGGGAACUCCUGGAAAACCUGGGCCACCGGGACUACCCGGGUCGCCCGGAACUCCUGGUACCCCAGGGAAAGAUAGCAACGUCUCUGGCCCGCCGGGACCCCCGGGACCUCCCGGUCCGCCAGGAGACACUGAUGGUGAAAUAACGCAGAGAGAUGAUCCGGGGAUGAGCCCGCUCUCCCCUGGGCUACAAAGAAAGACUCAUCGUGUCGUUUCAGCAAGACAGCUCGGUUUUGACUGCCGUUCGUACUGCGGGGGCAGUCGCCGUAUGCAAGAAACUAACGUGCCUGCUGUCCAGAGCCCUCGCCCCAAUUUUCGCUCGGCCAAAAUGCGGAAAACUCUCUUCGUUCCUGCAGGAACACUUGGUAGGCAGGCUUAUACCACACGUACAUGGUUAAUCAUUAGGGUUGCCUUUUUAUCGAUGUUUUUUAAUGGAUUUUUAUUUAUUUCACAGUUACGCGUGGCGGCCCUCAAUCAACCAAUGAACGGCAGGAUGCAUAGCACUAAGGGCAUUGAUGAACGAUGCUGGGAGCAAUCUCGCGCAGCUAAUCUAACUGGAGCGUACAGAGGGUUCAUUUCCAACAGACUUCAACAUAUUUAUUCCAUCAUUCAUAAAGAGGACAGAAAUCUUCCUGUUGGAAACCUCCAGGGAGAUCAACUGUUUCCUUCUUGGGAAUCGAUUUUCACCUCACGAUACGCAUUUAACCCUGACAUCCCAAUCUAUUCGUUCAAUGGAUCAAAUGUUAUCACCGAUUCAGCUUGGCCUUUCAAACACAUGUGGCACGGAUCGCGUGAAAAUGGCAACAAGUACCCCACUAACUGCCGUAGCUGGUUGAGCAGUAGUUCAAAGGACUUCAGCACGGCCUCGGCCUUGAAUGGCCGUGAGCCUGCCUUGGCCGAGCGGGAGUUUCCAUGCAGUAGCAACCUAAUUGUUUUAUGCGUGCAGAUUAAUCCUGUCAGAAGACGACGAUUCAGAUCUAGCCACAAGUUUGUUCACUAAACCCAGUGUUACUUGUCCUGUAUGCCAUUCCAUGAUAACAACAAGCUGUCUCCAAGCCGGCCAUAGCCUCGGCCACUGUGCUUUCAGCAACGUAUUGUUUUCCGAAGAACGUUAGGAGCUCGACUGGUGGGAUUUUGUUUGCAUGAAAAGAAGAACGUUAUUUUAAGCUGUGCGAUUCGACGAUUGUUAUAUUUAUACUAUUAAUUUAACGUACACGCUUAAGAUAUGUGCACUUUCUAAGCGUUAGAAUAUUUUUGUUAGCUGUUAAAGUUGCUAAACAUCGGUUUAGGCAAGAUGUGUUUAAAUUUUGAAAUGUAAAAAUACCAGACACAUUUGAAUUUUCUAAUGCUUAUUUUCAAAGCUAACUUGCUCUCAGUCAAGUCUUGCAAAACAAAACAAGUAAGAGUGAAAAUUUUACAUUUAUCUGGAAACUAAUUAUUAUGUCACAUUGAGCAGCGACUUCAAUGCUUCUAAUAUUCAUUUUUUAACAACAACCAUAUUUGAAAAAUACUCCAUCAUCUCUAUCCUUUCGCGCCUUCUUAUUUGCCAUCAAUUUGUAUAAUCAAAUGAUUUCAAGUGCAAUUUGGAAUAAAUAAGCACAAGUAAAUUUCUUUUUGACUAAACUCGCUGGGAGUGCACUUCGUAAUAUUUGAAAAAUUUACAAGUACUUAUUUAUUCCAAAUUGCACGAGAAAAUACUAUUUGAUUUCUUGUUAGUAAUAUGACAUGCAAUGUAAUUUAAACUUUCUGCUCUCAAUUUCAACUUUUUACACACAAUUUCAACUUUUUACACUCAAUUUCAACUUUCUGCUCUGUUUAGCUAGGAUUAUUUGACAUGCCCUCAGCCAAUCAGCAUGUUGAAAAUAUCACAUGUAUAUUAUUAUUUGCAGAAUAAGGAACUGCAAAUUCUAAAACAUUUCAACGAAUUUCGUCAUUUGCUUGAUGUGCCAAAUAUGGAAGUUGAUAAAGCUGAAUAUUCUGGAGCUAAAUUACAAUUACGUGAGGCAGCUAUUUGUCUCAACUCUGAUAUAAAUUAUUGACAAAUAUUUUUAAGUGACUCUAUAUCCUCGAGUUUAGGAGAGAAAUCACCUCCUAGUAUAUUAGGAUAUUCUGUAAAUUAUUUUUAUUCAUAUUAGACUUAUUAUUCUAGCUCCGGUAUUUUAAAAUUAUAUCUAAGAAAGGUUAACACGAUUAUAUUAAUUAUGUUGGUAAGGGAGCCAUGUCACGGAUGGCACAUUCUAAUCUUUUCAGGUUUAUCGUUCGUAAUCCGUCUCAAUCCUCUCAGAUCUUAACCAUCCUUGCUCCUUUUUUGGUUUACUGACCCUUUUAAUGUCUUUCCACCGUCAUAAAUGAUUAUUUUCAGGUUUUUCCCUUUGAAAACAAUUCUGUAUUUCUUAAUGAAAAUAGGCUUAGUCCGAUAACGUAAAUGGGGCAUUUAACUGUCUCUA